CACUUUUUUUAUUUUAUAAAGACAAUCCCUUCUCACCGUUCAUACACUUUCACUUCUGUAUCUCCUUCGGAUUCUUAAGUAAGGAGAGGAAUCUCAGAGUAAUGGCGGAUCUUAAGGCACCGCUUGUGAGGCCAAAGAGAAAGAAGACAUGGGUCGACUACUUCGUCAAGUUCAGAUGGAUCAUCGUCAUAUUCGUCGUCCUCCCAAUCUCAGCCACACUCUACUUCCUCAUCUACCUCGGCGACAUGUACUCAGAGUCCAAAUCCUACGAGCAGCGCCGCAAGGAACACGACGAGAACGUCUUGAAAGUCAUCAAACGCCUCAAGCAGAGGAACGCAGCCAAGGACGGGCUCGUCUGCACCGCACGCAAGCCCUGGAUCGCCGUGGGGAUGAGGAACGUCGACUACAAGAGAGCUCGCCACUUCGAGGUCGACCUGGGAGAGUUCCGCAACAUCCUGGGGAUCAACAAGGAGAAGAUGAUCGCUAGAGUCGAGCCUCUUGUCAACAUGGGACAGAUCUCUCGCGCCACCGUCCCCAUGAACCUCUCUCUGGCUGUCGUCGCUGAGCUGGACGAUCUCACCGUUGGUGGACUCAUUAACGGAUACGGUAUUGAAGGAAGCUCUCACCUCUACGGUCUCUUUGCGGACACCGUCGAGGCUUACGAGAUUGUUCUAGCUGGUGGGGAGCUUGUACGUGCCACUAGAGAUAAUGAGUAUUCAGAUCUUUUCUACGCGAUCCCUUGGUCGCAAGGAACUCUUGGACUCCUUGUUGCUGCUGAGAUCAGGCUUAUACCGGUUAAGGAGUACAUGAGGCUCACUUACAUACCGGUCAAGGGAGAUCUUCAGGCCUUAGCACAAGGCUACAUGGACUCUUUCGCGCCCAAAGAUGGAGACGAGUCAAAGAUCCCUGACUUUGUCGAAGGCAUGGUUUAUAAUCCGACAGAAGGUGUGAUGAUGGUUGGGACAUACGCGUCUAAGGCAGAAGCUAAGAAGAAAGGGAACAAGAUCAACAAUGUGGGAUGGUGGUUCAAGCCGUGGUUCUACCAACACGCGCAGACCGCGUUGAAGAAGGGACAGUUUGUUGAGUACAUCCCAACUCGUGAGUACUACCAUAGGCACACGAGGUGUUUGUACUGGGAAGGGAAGCUUAUCCUUCCUUUUGGUGAUCAGUUUUGGUUUAGGUUUCUCUUCGGUUGGUUGAUGCCUCCAAAGGUGUCUCUUCUCAAGGCUACUCAAGGUGAAGCUAUUAGGAACUACUACCAUGAUAUGCAUGUUAUUCAGGACAUGCUUGUUCCUCUUUACAAGGUCGGUGAUGCUCUUGAAUGGGUCCACAACGAAAUGGAGGUGUAUCCCAUUUGGCUUUGCCCACACAAACUCUACAAGUCACCAAUCAAACAACAGAUUUACCCUGAACCAGGGUUUGAGUAUGAGAAGAGACAAGGAGACACGGAAGAUGCUCAGAUGUACACUGAUGUUGGAGUCUACUACGCGCCGGGUCCUGUCCUAAGAGGUGAAGAGUUUGAUGGUUCAGAAGCUGUGCGUAAGAUGGAGAAGUGGCUGAUUGAGAACCAUGGGUUCCAGCCUCAGUAUGCAGUCUCUGAGCUCGACGAGAAGAGUUUCUGGAGGAUGUUUGAUGGUGACUUGUACGAGCAUUGCCGCAAGAAGUACAGAGCUGUCGGAACGUUCAUGAGUGUUUACUACAAGUCUAAGAAAGGAAGGAAGACUGAGAAAGAAGUUAGAGAAGCAGAGCAAGCUCAUCUUGAAACAGCUUAUGCAGAAGCAGAUUAAGUAAUGAAAAUGAAGUUUGAGAGAGGUGGAGAUUAUUGUUAUGGGUUGUUGUAGUGUGUCGUUUCUUUUGCAAUGUGUCUGUUAUGUGUUUUUUUUCUGUUUUCAGUUUAGUGUCUUGGUGAUGACUUUCGUUGUUGGUUGUUUGGACUUAUGGUUUGAAUAAAUGUUAGAUUUUGAGAUUUGGAUUUUGCU